GGAACGCCGGGCUCGCGCUCAGUUGUCCCCGCUGCUGUCGCCGGCCUCUCCACAGCCCGGGAGCCGCGAGCGCAGCCGGGGGGAAUAGGAGGUGAAUUGUGUGUCCUCCUAGCAGCCUUCAAUUAAACUCAGACUGCCAUAGAUCAAACAACAGAACAGAUGGAUAAUGGAGACUGGGGAUAUAUGAUGACUGAUCCAGUCACAAUAAAUGUGGGUGGACACUUGUAUACAACAUCCCUCACCACUCUAACAAGAUAUCCCGAUUCAAUGCUUGGGGCCAUGUUCGGGGGAGACUUCCCCACUGCCAGGGACUCUCAGGGCAAUUACUUCAUUGACCGAGAUGGACCACUUUUCCGGUAUGUUCUUAACUUUUUAAGGACUUCAGAGUUGACUUUGCCACUGGACUUCAAGGAAUUUGACUUGCUUCGAAAAGAAGCAGAUUUUUAUCAAAUUGAACCCCUAAUCCAAUGUCUUAAUGACCCCAAGCCUUUGUAUCCUGUGGAUACCUUUGAGGAAGUAGUGGAGUUGUCCAGCACACGGAAACUUUCCAAAUAUUCCAAUCCAGUGGCAGUAAUCAUAACGCAGUUAACCAUCACAACUAAGGUCCAUUCAUUACUGGAAGGCAUUUCAAACCACUUUACCAAGUGGAAUAAGCACAUGAUGGACACCAGAGACUGCCAAGUUUCCUUUACUUUUGGGCCAUGUGAUUACCACCAGGAAGUUUCCCUCAGAGUCCAUCUGAUGGAGUACAUUACAAAACAAGGUUUCAGUAUCAGAAAUACAAGAGUUCACCAUAUGAGCGAGCGGGCCAAUGAAAAUACAGUGGAGCACAACUGGACUUUCUGUAGACUGGCACGGAAAACGGAUGACUGAUGUAUGACUCCACAGAUGCCAUUUCAGUGGUUACAUGCAACUUCCUGGAACAGCAUACCUGAGAGAAUCUGGUUUUGACUAAAGCAACAGCAUGGGCUUUUUUUAUGAGACUAUUUAUUAAUAACCAUUAAGGACUGGAGAAGUUACAUGCUCUAGGAGAUCUGUUUUUUGUCUUGUCCAGAAAAAGAUAUGCAUGUGCUUGUUCACACUGUUAAGACACUUUUUUAAAGAGGGAGUCUUAAAAAUCAGUAUGGUAGGAAAUUUUAUGUCCGCUCUUUCAACCUAAAGUGCUAAAUUCACCUAUUUAAAUGGUCUGUAAUCCAUUUAAUGCUAAAACACUGGGAGUAAAGAACAAACAGGAUUUAAGAUGCAGAUGGGGGAAGUGCUAGCAUCAUGUAAACUAACCUAGUUUCUAAAUCAAUAAACAGUAUUGUAAUAUUUUAGGAAAACAAAUCCUACCCUUUUAAAGUACUUGUUAAGUACGGCUUUUUACAGUUAUUACAACUGUUUUUCUAUGCAUAUAAAUCAAGCAACCAAAUAUUAUCUGUAGCCAUGAAAAUGUGAUUAGAAAUAUUUAUACUGGAUUCUGAAUGCAAAAUAUCCCUGUGGUAGAAUUCAUAUUUUUAAUGCCUGGUGAAAUAUUAUUCCCAAGUGUAAUGCCUGCCAGCUAGAAGCUAAUAAAAUGUCAAAUAUGGAAAUAAGUCUUGUAUUUUUUGUCUUCUCCUACUAAUUUAUUCUAGGAAAAAGGGGGGAGUAAGGUAUAUCAGUACAAGAAAGUGAAACUGGCCAAGCUCCUACUUUCCCUAUUCUGGUGCAUAAGAAUAUUAGCUCACUCUUAACAUUCAACUUAAUGGGCUUUGUAGCCUCAUAUUUCCAUAGGGAUAAUUUCCAUAUUGAAAAUUCAGAGGGGAAGUUAUAUAUUUUGACUAAUGGGAAGUUGGAAAGGACUAAUGCCAGUUAAAAGAUGCUAAUCCAGGGUACAUCUAGAGUCUGGAUAACUAUAACCUGGUGGGAAACAUUAUCCGGUUUCAUAUUCAUCAAAUCAAUUGCCAGCACGUCUCAGAGCUCUCAUCACCCUGCGCAGGGCUGCUUUUGUUGAAGUGAUGGGACUCUGGCUCCGCAUUCUUAUCUGCCAAUUCCCUAGACACUUCUCCUGCCUCUUUUAUGCAUUCUGUAGAAUUAUUCAUAAAAGAUGCUAACAAACAGGAAUCAAAGUUAGAAGACACUGAAAUAAAUAAACUUGAUAUCUGCUUUGAGUGACUAGGCCAGUGCAAUUCUGCUUACUCCUCUUUCUAGGUUGUAAUGUUUCUGUCUGCCUUAAAUAAAUCACAAUCAUCUCUAGGUAUACAAACGUCCUAUUCACCUGGUCUAACUGAUCUGGCCAGUAUGGACCCCAGCAUCCCGAGUGUGGUCCGAGAGAGCCUGGGCUUUGCUGCCUGGGCUACCACUUCAGCAGCUUUUUGGUUGGGCUUAAGGUAUGUCUACACUGCAAUAAAAUACCCACGGCUGGUCCAUGUCAGCUGACUCACAGAGCUCGG